GGCGGCGGCGCCGCGUUCCGCCGUCGGUGCUAGAGGGCGAGCGCGGGGCUGGGUCGGCGGAGCGCGGAGGCAGCGCGGAAGGGGCCGCCAUGGGCAACGCGGGGAGCGUGGACGCGCAGCAGACGGAGUUCAGGGCGCACAGCGUCCCCCUCAAGCUGCCCAUGCCCGAGCCCGGAGAGCUGGAGGAACGCUUCGCCGUCGUGCUGAACGCGAUGAACUUGCCGCCCGACAAAGCCCGGCUGCUGCGGCAGUACGACAACGAGAAGAAGUGGGAGCUCAUCUGUGACCAGGAAAGAUUUCAAGUGAAGAACCCUCCACACACAUACAUCCAGAAGUUGAAGGGCUAUCUGGACCCAGCUGUAACCAGGAAGAAAUUCAGAAGAAGAGUCCAAGAAUCUACUCAAGUGCUCCGAGAACUGGAAAUUUCUUUAAGAACAAAUCACAUCGGAUGGGUCAGGGAGUUCCUGAACGAGGAAAACAAAGGCCUGGACGUUCUGGUGGAGUACUUGUCGUUUGCACAGUAUGCAGUCACGUUUGACUUUGAAAGCUUGGAGAACAAUGUGGAGAACUCGAUGGACAAGUCCAAACCUUGGAGCCGAUCCAUUGAGGACCUGCACAGAGGCAGUAAUUUACCCUCCCCAGUUGGGAACAGCAUUUCCCGCUCUGGCAGACACUCCACUUUACGGUAUAACACCUUGCCGAGCCGAAGAACACUAAAAAAUUCCAGAUUAGUGAGUAAAAAAGAUGAUGUCCAUGUCUGCAUCAUGUGUUUACGGGCCAUAAUGAACUACCAGUAUGGAUUCAAUAUGGUCAUGUCGCACCCCCACGCCGUUAAUGAAAUUGCACUAAGUUUGAACAACAAGAACCCCAGGACGAAGGCCCUUGUCUUAGAACUCUUAGCAGCUGUUUGCCUGGUCAGAGGAGGACAUGAGAUCAUUUUAUCUGCGUUUGAUAACUUUAAGGAGGUGUGUGGGGAGAAGCAGCGCUUCGAGAAGCUGAUGGAGCACUUCCGAAACGAAGACAACAACAUAGACUUCAUGGUGGCCUGCAUGCAGUUCAUCAACAUCGUGGUCCACUCAGUGGAGGACAUGAACUUCAGAGUCCACCUGCAGUAUGAAUUUACGAAGCUUGGCCUGGAUGAGUACUUGGAUAAGCUGAAACACACGGAGAGUGACAAGCUGCAGGUGCAGAUUCAGGCUUACCUGGAUAACGUUUUUGAUGUGGGAGCUUUGCUGGAGGAUGCUGAAACCAAGAACGCAGCCCUGGAAAGAGUUGAAGAACUGGAAGAAAACAUUUCCCAUUUAUCUGAGAAACUCCAAGAUACGGAGAACGAAGCCAUGGCGAAGAUUGUGGAACUGGAAAAACAACUUAUGCAAAGAAACAAAGAACUGGAUGUGAUUCGGGAAAUCUACAAGGAUGCCAAUACCCAGGUCCACACCUUGAGAAAAAUGGUGAAGGAGAAAGAAGAAGCCAUCCAGCGACAGUCAACGCUGGAGAAAAAGAUCCAUGAACUGGAGAAGCAGGGAACCAUCAAGAUCCAGAAGAAAGGGGAUGGUGACAUUUCUAUCCUUCCUGUUGCUCUGGCCUCUGGGCUGGUGCCGGCAGGCUCAGAGGCUGGGGCUGGUACGUGUGCCACACCAGUGGCUGGAGCUGCAUCUUCAGUACCAUUGCCACCCCCUCCACCACCACUGCCUGCCUUUGCAGCAGCGUCUGAGGCAGUGCAAAACGGCCCCGUGUCGGUGCCGAUGCCGCCGCCCCCGCCACCACCUCCACCACCUCCACCACCUCCACCACCACCUCCCCUCCCAGGUCCAGCUUUGGAGACGGCUCCUGUGGCUCUGCUGCCCCCACCACCCCCACCCUCAGCACCACCCCUGCCUGGGACAGCCUCUCCCACCGUGGUCUUCAACUCAGGGCUUGCAGACGGGCCAAUCAAGCUCUUCUCUGUGAAAAUCAAGAAGCCGAUCAAGACCAAGUUCCGCAUGCCCGUGUUCAACUGGGUCGCCCUCAAGCCCAACCAGAUCAACGGGACGGUCUUCAAUGAAAUAGAUGACGAGAGGAUCCUGGAGGAUUUAAACGUGGAUGAAUUUGAAGAAAUAUUCAAAACAAAAGCCCAAGGCCCAGCCAUCGAUCUUACUUCAAGCAAGCAGAAGAUAACUCAGAAAGGGUCCAACAAAGUCACAUUACUGGAUGCCAACAGGGCCAAAAAUCUUGCCAUUACGUUAAGAAAAGCUGGAAAGACAGCAGAUGAAAUAUGCAAAGCUAUCCACGUGUUUGACCUGAAGACGUUGCCCGUGGACUUUGUUGAGUGCCUGAUGCGGUUCCUGCCCACCGAGAACGAAGUGAAGGUGCUGAGGCUCUACGAGCGGGAGAGGAAGCCCAUCGAGAACCUGUCCGACGAGGACCGCUUCAUGAUGCAGUUCAGCAAGAUCGAGAGGCUGAUGCAGAAGAUGACCAUCAUGGCCUUCAUAGGCAACUUCGCAGAAAGCAUCCAGAUGCUGACCCCGCAACUUCACGCAAUAAUAGCUGCCUCUGUCUCAAUAAAGUCAUCCCAAAAGCUUAAGAAAAUCCUGGAGAUCAUCUUGGCCCUUGGAAACUACAUGAACAGCAGUAAACGAGGAGCUGUGUAUGGAUUCAAGCUACAGAGUUUAGACCUGCUCCUAGAAACAAAGUCGACAGACCGAAAGCAGACCCUGCUGCACUAUAUUUCAAACGUGGUCAAGGAGAAGUACCAGCAUGUGUCCCUCUUCUACAAUGAACUUCACUACGUGGAGAAGGCUGCUGCAGUGUCUCUUGAGAACGUCCUGUUGGACGUGAAGGAGCUGCAGAGGGGCCUGGACCUGACGAAGCGCGAGUACACCAUGCACGACCACAACACCAUGCUGAAGGAGUUCAUUCAGAACAACGAAGGGAAGCUAAAGAAACUGCAGGAUGAUGCCAAAAUAGCCCAGGAUGCCUUUGAUGAUGCUGUGAAGUACUUUGGGGAGAAUCCCAAGACGACCCCUCCCUCGGUCUUUUUCCCAGUGUUUGUCCGAUUUGUGAAGGCCUACAAGCAAGCAGAAGAAGAGAACGAGUUGAGAAAAAAGCAGGAACAGGCUUUAAUGGAAAAACUAAUGGAGCAAGAAGCAUUGAUGGAGCAACAGGACCAAAAGUCUCCCUCACAUAAAACAAAGAGGCAGCAGCAGGAGCUGAUCGCGGAGCUGCGGCGGCGGCAGGUGAAGGAUAACAGGCAUGUGUACGAGGGGAAGGACGGUGCUAUUGAAGACAUUAUAACAGCCCUAAAGAAGAAUAAUAUCACUAAAUUUCCAAAUGUUCACUCGAGGGUAAGGAUUUCUUCUAGCACACCGGUGGUGGAGGAUACCCAGAGCUGGCAAGCAUCACUUUUUACUUAGCUUCCUCCUCUCUCUGUAUGCCAGGCAGCCUGGUGGUAGAUGUGGCUGAGCGUAAUACUGGUGAGAGCCUCAAGGCCUGUGGAGACUGAGACCCUCUGGUUUUCACCCUGUUGGGGAUCCACAGGCCAUGGGCUGGUGGCCAUCUCCAUUCCCCUCCAAUGUGGCCCUUUCUCUCCCAAGUUUUUCCCACGUCAGGCAAUCUGGUCCCCAGGCUGUUUCAGCCCUGCAGUUUCCUGAAUAUUCUGCUGCCCUCAUCUUGGUCCUGUACAGAUGAGAGAUGGACACAUGGAGGUGGGAGAGGGGGCAGCCUUAAGCAGAUCACCUUCUCCUGGGGUACACCAAGAGCUGAGGAGUUUGGGGGUUGUAUUUAAACCAAGACACAAGUCAUCCAGGACAUGUGAGUGAGGGUUUGCCCAGUCCAACCCAAAUUUGGUUUCUAGGAGAGAAAUAUUUUCACUGGCAUUAGCUGUCAGGUGCACCAGGUGUGCUCGUAUCAUCAUGUCACAGCACAUGUCACACAGACUUUCAUCACCACGUCCAUCCCAGCUUUCUCCACUGUUUGGCCCCUUGCAUGCUCGGUAUUCCCACCUCUUCCCUCCCCAGCUCCUGCAGCAGGGUCUGGCUGGGCUUUGCUGCUGGUGAGGAGGAGGAGGCAGGGAGGAGGUGGCCUCACUGCUGCCUUUGGCUAAUGGAGUGUCCCUUGGGCAGCAGCGGGGCAGGGGCAGCUGGAGCUGUGCACUCCUGUCCCGGCUGAUUUUCAGCACAGCCCUGCCCUUGUGGUGCCAAACACUUGUGCUGUUGUACCCGGGUCACACCUCCCCAGGGAGCUCCAUCCUCUGGAGAAACCUCCUUCAGCUGAUGCCAGCGCUGGCGAGGCUGCCAGCAGGCCCAGGGCAGAGCUGGAGCAGGCUGAGUCCAGCUGACCUUGCCUUCCCGGCUGAUGUUAAUGAACACCAGUGGGCAAGGGAGACAUUCCCACCAACUGGCUGGCACGGCCCCCGUGUCUGUUCACCAGCACCUCAGUGCCUUUCACCAGUAUUACCUGCUGCUUGGGUGCGUAGAACCAAGGGCACCUCGGUAUUGGCUCCCUUCCGCUCUCGUUGGGGUGAAGUCUCUCCUCCUCUUCCUACACAAGCUGCUUUGAUUGGCUUCCAGCAGGAUUUUUCCUUGUCUGGCCUGCGUGUGGGGUGCGUGU